AUGAAUCAGGGCAAGCCUUGCUCGUCGUUCCGCGGACAACAAGACUGCACACCGCCCGAUAGGGCUCCCGUUCCCACUCUCGCGUUCUUGUUGUCCCUCAUUUUGCAGAACGGAGGGGCGGUACUGUAUUUCGAAAUGCUACGCAAGUUUAGAUGA